AUGCCUUCCGCCGAAACCUUCCCCACAAGCAAUGGCCAGAGCGACUACUCGUUCGCUCCCGGCAUUCACGUCCCUUCUCUGACAUGGUUCAAAGAUGACGAGACUCAAGAGAUCGAUUGGGACGUUCAGGAGAAGCACUUCGAGUUUCUCAUCUCCAAUGGCCUUCACGGUAUUGUGAUUGCUGGCACGAACGGAGAAGCAGCAACGCUUUCAUCAGCAGAGAAGAUGCAGUUGGUUCAAACGGCACGCAAAAUUGCUCAAAGACUCGGACGCGGUGAUCUACCUAUUACAAUUGGUGGUGUGGCAGGCUGCACACGCGAUACCAUCCGCCAAACAAAAGAGGCCAAAGAAGCUGGCGCAUCAGCCUUCCUCGCACUCGUACCGUCAUACUUCCACUUCGCCAUGAACCAAGAAGCGAUCGUCAGCUUCUUCAAAGAGCUUGCAGACGCUAGCCCAAUCCCUAUCGUCAUCUACAACUUCCCGGGUGUAGUUGCAGGUCUUGAAGUGAACUCUGAGAUGCUCGACAUCUUGGGCAAGCACACAAAUAUUGUAGCUGUGAAGCUUACUUGCGGUGGCAUUGCGAAAGUAGCCAGGAUAUCGGCUAGCUUCAAGAAGAGCGAAUUCGUUGCGCUUGCUGGGCAAAGUGACUGGUUAAUUCCAGCGUUGAGUGUCGGAGCUGUUGGAACGAUUACUGGCGUCGCGAACUUGUAUCCCAAGACAUGCAUUCACAUGUACAACCUCUACCAGCAAGGCAAGCACGACGAAGCAUCCGCACUUCAGAUCAAGCUCUCGGUCACAGAGUGGGGCUUUGGUAAGGGCGGUAUCAAUGGCACCAAAUGGGUUGUUGCAAAGAAGAGGGGAUACCCUGAGGCGAGCGCAGACUGCAGGCGGCCAUACCCCAGAUACACAGAUGAGGAGAAGAGGAAAUGGGUUCUCAACCAGGUUUCUGGACUGGACGAGAUCGAGGCUUCGCUUUAA